AUGGGGUACAAUGGGGUUGUGAUGGAGAUUGUGCUGACCAAGUUGAUGGUGAUUAAGUGUGGAGGAAGUUUGCAGCUGGAGCAAGAUCCGGACGAAAAUGACCGGUGUAUUGCAAAACUGGUGAAUCAGUUUCGAUACACGCUGGGAAAGAACAAGGGGAUGACAGCUUUCAAGCCACAUUAUGCGCUGUAUACUGCUGGCGCCUUUCGUACGGUGGAAGAGAUGACGAGUGAAUUCAGUUUGAUGUUGGUGUACUCGCUGUGCUUGCCCCCGGAGCUGCCGUUUAUUCGGGGAAAUAACGGUUUUGAUUUGCUGCGGAUGGAGCUAGCGGUGUCCAUUACAAAGCUGCACGAUGAUUUAGGACUCAUGGCACAGCUGAGGCUUUAUGUCGCUCGUCUUCAGUACGGAAUGCUUGGAUCGUUUGGGAUAUGGGACCAGAAAAAAGCCGUGGAAAGCGCCACGUGGUAUACGAUUCGAGGGGAACCCCUUGGUGAUAGCAUUUCAACUCCGGUGAAUUGGACCACAGACUUGCACUUCCUGAACCCUGGGAAUGAAACCUUGAGCCAGCUUUGGAGCAACAGAGAGGGAGAGUUUGUCUACAGAUACGAGCGUUUUGCUGUUGUUGGAUGGCCGAAGGUUGUCGACAUCAAGAAUACGCACGUUUUCAUGGGAGAAAUGGCCGCUGCCAACUCUGUGUUCAUGGACGCCCCUGUCCAAUUGGCCCGCCUUCGAAUGCUUUUACGAUAUCAGGCCAAUCAAUAUAACCAAACGGAUUUUGGAAAUCAAGCUACCAACCGAAGUGUCCAAACGGCAAUCAAAACUCCAGUAUCUUUGGCGGCCUGUCAAAAUCUCUACAAGGCAAUUUCCGAGUCCAACGAAGUGUUGCUGGUGGAUGUGUUUUUCCGGAAAUAUUUUGCUCGUCUUGGGCAAAAGCGAGAGCUGGUCCCGUUCCUUGCUUCUAUCGUGCGCAAGUUUGGUUGGGAAGGCGUAAGCGCGCCAAUUGUGCGAGCGUUCGACAGCAUGUCGUCCUCAGGGUGCUUGGCGCUGGCUUUGCUGCUCGCAGAUGCACUCAUCGACGUCUCUUCCGUAAGAACAGCUCCUACAAUCACUGCCGUUCAAAAAGCAGGCUUUGCGUUUGGGACGAGUCCAGGGGAACUCAUGGCUUCAAGUGACGUGUUUCGUGAUGUUGGGAACAUAUUCGCGUGGUUGGAAGCGAAGAUGAUCGGUCCUGCAGUGGAAGCUCUUUCCAAAUGCGUCGGUGCAUCCAGCUUACCGGAACAUCGUGCGGUGCUUGCUACCAUGGCUUCGCAACGUCGUCAAUGGUUGAUGGAUCAGGAUGCGCAGACAGAGAAACCAUUCGCGUGGGAGAUUGUCGACAUGAACUUCGUCGGUGCAGCUGGAAUGGCAACAUUUCUCGAUGGCCCCAACACCUCGUACCAGGUGCGUUGCUUCCAGGAUGAUCGUAGGUGGCCGAGGGCGAGAUGCGUAUGUUCUUGUCACCAAGCAAGCCGGCAAGUUUACCCAGAGAAGCCAAGACCUGCACAAAUUUAA